UUUGACACGUCGAAUCUCGUAUGUUUCUUUCGGGACAAUGUGAAUAUUUUUUUUAUAAUUAUUUUUAUUACAUUUAUUAACUGUAAUAGGCUGUUUUAAAGUGUAAAUCUCGAGCAUGCAAUCAUAAUGUACAGUACCCAUGUUAAUACACCUUUCAGUGAUACACGAUUGCAUUAAAUUUCUUAUUUUUACCUGUCGAUAGAGGUUAAAAACAUCUGGAAUAUUUUUGUGCAAUGUGACUGAUCAAAAUUAAUUGAACAUGCCGAAAUUUAGAAUGCUUCCGCGUACUUCACGGAUCGUGGCAUUAUGCUCCGCUGCAAAUUUUAUAAACGCGGCGGAUCGCGUUAUAAUGCCUAUAGCGAUCGUUCCGAUGACUGAUGAAUUUAAGUGGAAUUUGCACUGGCAAGGCUGGAUACUUUCUGCCUUUGCCUUCGGUUAUUUUACUAGCCAGAUUAUCGGUGCAAGUACGGCUAGUCGUUUUGGAUGUAAAACGGUACUAAUGUUAGCAGUUCUAUUAUGGUCUAUUAGUACAGUUAUAACUCCAAUCUUGGCUCAAUCUGUUCCAUUGCUCAUCAUUUGCCGAGUGGUAUUGGGGCUUGGAGAAGGUCUAGGUUUACCAGUUAUUUUUCACCUGUUUGCACAUAGCGUCCCUGUAGAGGAACGGUCUCGUGCAUUCGGCUAUCUGGUAGCUGCUGGCUCUGUUGGACAAGUAGUUGCCUCUGUUUUGUGCCCACAUUUGAGAUGGCAGACGGGAUUUUAUUUAUUUGGAACAAUUGGUAUUACGUGGACACUUUUGUGGUUGGUAUUGUACCAAGAAACUAAUUCUCAGGAUGAGAUUCCAUUAUUUGUACCUAAGGUAACGCAAAACCGGAGUUUGCGUUGGACCGAAUUUAUUUCCCAUUGGCCCUUGUGGGCACUGUACAUAGCACAUUUUGCGAUGAAUUGGAGUAACUACAUAAUAAUGCAAUGGUUGCCAACUUAUUUAGCAAGGAAUCUUUCUGCUAAUAAAGAAAGUAUUAGUUUGACGGCACUUCCAUAUAUUGUGAACUCUUUAGUUGGUAUUGUUGCUGGACACAGUGCUGAUAAUCUUAUACAAAAAAGAUGGUCCAUUUUAUCUGUAAGAAGGUUAAUGACGAACAUUGGUCUAGUGGGUCCCGGUGCAUUUUUAUUAGCAUUCUGUGCCGUGGACAAUUUACUUGCUGCAGUAAUCUUUGUUUCAAUAUCUAUGGGACUUUGCGCGUGUAAUUCUGCCGGUCACCUUAGCAACCAUGCUGAUAUAGCGCCGAAUCAUGCGGGAAUCACGUUUGCGGUUUCAAAUACAAUUGCUACCAUACCGGGUAUUUUAUGCGGUCCAUUGACGGCGGAGUUAGUGACCGCGUCGCAUGGUCGUUGGAUGCCGGUCUUUGUUUUGGCCGCGGCAAUCAAUUUCACAGGGGCCAUAAUAUACCAAAGUCACAGUUCUGCGCUUCCAGUGUUGUGACAUGCUGUGAUCGAAAGUGAGCUUGCAACUAAUUAUCAACGAAGUCAACGAAGUAACAUGAUCGAUAAAAGCAUGCCGCGUAUACGUACCUUCAAUCGUGUCUAUUACACACGACUUGUUAAGAAGAUUUUAACCCUAUUUGAGGCACGAAUAUGGCACAUUUAUACGUCACACAUUGGUUAGUCGAAGACAUAUCAAAAUAUACUGGGCAUGUGUACUGGAAGAAAAUUUGAUAUUCUUAUUAUUCAGUUUGCAGUUGUUAACGUAACACAGAUCGCUCGUUAUCUGAAUAGUGCCAUAGUUUUGCGCGUACAGUGAAAUUGGUUAAAUGAUUUUAUUACACCAAGUGUAACAUAUAGUUUUCUCUUCUGUUUGUACAUGUUUUAACGUUAGUUUAUAAAAAAUACUUUGUGAUAUUUUUGAAUGAACAAGAUAUUCUCGUUUUUUCUAAUAAAAUGCAAUUGUAUAUUCUGUAAAACAUAAGACUGUAUAUAUAUAUAUAUAAAAAGAAAAGAAAUUUAAAUUUCACGUACAUAUUACGAUUAAAUGUUUCCGAUGCACCCGCAAUAUAAAAAGAUAUUUACAAUUAAGUAAACGAUAUAUUAUAAUAAACGAAAAGAAUAUGUUUUCUA